AUGCGACCGAAGACCGAAGAUCUGCUGGAGGCGUGCGACAAAUGGAACUUGUCGAUCAGCGUUGUCAAGAGUUUCUGGGGCAUGCCCAAUGUGGAGUAUCUCGGUCACAAGGUAUUGCUCGACGGACUGGAGGCAAAUCCGAAGGAUCUGUCGGCGCUGACGGAUCUUGAGUUUCCCGGAUCCCUGCGUGCCAUGCAAUCCGUUUUGGGCAGCCUGAACUAUUACAGUCGCUGCAUCGAAGAUUACGCGAUUUACGCCGCUGUGCUGUAUGAGUUGAGGGAGAUCGACUAUGCUGCAACGGAGAAGGGCAUGAAUCGAAGCCGGAUCCAGCUAGCACUAGCAUCGGCAUCCCCGGAUCCAGACAUAUUGACUGAGGAUCUGACGAGUCCGCAACCUUCGGAUCCGAGCCCGCGGGGUCAGGAUCCCGGACUUAGUGAUCAAGAUCCGAACCUAGCAUCACGGGAUCCGACGCCUGAUUGUGUGAAGACGCUGAACCCCGAGACUGAUGAUUCUGCGGAUCUGGAUCCCAGGUGGAUCCAUGCUCACCGAUCGUUCGAGGUGUUAAAGGAGAAGAUCGCGAAGACGCCGAUCCUGCGACACUUCGAUCCGGAUCGACAAGCAGUGGUGGUGAUAUAUGCCAGCGAUUGGGUGAUCGCCGGUGCAUUGAUGCAAGAAUAUGAUCAGGUUUACAAUCCAGUGAUGUUCGCGAGCCGCACGUUGAAGUCCAGCAAAUUGAACUAUGGGAUCGACGAGAAAGAAGUGUUAGCGUUGUUGCGGAUCCAGGAUCUCAACUAUAAUACUCUGGUUGGGAGACCGAUCCGAGUGCUGACACGACACUCCACACUGGCUUGGCUAUUCAGAUCCAAUGCACUACAAGGUCGCCUGGAACAGUGGACCGCGCUACUUUCACCCUGGAUCCUCGAGAUCGUCAAGUGUAACAAGGGCGAGGACGAGAUCCGGCACAUUAGCAGCGAGUAUCACCCCCAGAUCCAAAGUCGACAAAGCACUGAUCUCGAUCGCCUCGAAGAAAGAGCCGAGGCGCAAGAUCCAAGCCCCGAUCCCAACAGUAAGAUCGGAUGA